AUGCCGCCGCCUAUGCCUAACCCCGCAAAGCGGAUGACUGCAAACCCUGCACGACCCGUUGCAAGGUAUCGUCCCGGCAAACCAGUUGCGGAGCAAGAAUCGUCUGACGAGGAUGAAGAACCAGAGGAGGAACAGCAGCGACCGCCACCGCAGAGGAAGCCACAGGCCACCAGACCGCAGCCGUCAAGGCCGCAACGACCCAGACAAGAGGAAAGCGAUGAUGAUGAGGAAGGCUUUGUUACAGACGAGGAGGAUGGUGCUGAUGCUACUGCGGCGAAAUCAGCGCAACAGCCAGUCAAAAGUACAACCUCUACAGCCGGAGAAGCUCCCAUAAAGCGCGAAUCUACAAGAGAAGAAUCCGAGGAGGAGGAAUCGGAAGAGGAGGAGUCCUCAGAGGACGAGGAGGAAGAAGAGUCCUCCUCCGAAGAAGAGGAGCCUCGGCGGAAAUUCCAACGCCCGACAUUCAUCAAGAAAUCAGACCGGAAACCUUCUACACAACCCUCCAAUGCCUAUUCAGAAUCUCCUGAUCCGGAAGUCGACACCCAAACGCGUCGUCUGGCCCAAGCCGAGCUUCUGAUCAAAGACAAGCUCGAACGCGACGCUCUCGCCCGGGCCCAGGGUAAAAAGGCAUGGGACGACGACGACGAACUCGUGCCGGAGUCCAUGGUAGACGACACCGAUGGCCUCGACCCUGCAGCCGAAUACGCCGCUUGGAAGCUUCGGGAACUCAAGCGUCUGAAGCGAGACCGGGAAGCCCUCAUCGCCCGGGAAAAGGAGCUGGAGGAAAUCGAACGGCGUCGCAAUUUGACCGCCGAGGAACGAGAGAAGGAAGACAAAGAAUACCUCGAGCGCCAGAAACAGGAGCGCGAGGAAGGCCGGUCCGAGACCGCAUUUCUGUCCCGGUACCAUCACAAAGGCGCGUUCUUCCAGGGUGACGAGACGGCUGAGUUGCUGAAGCGGAGAGACGUCAUGGGUGCACGGUUCGAGGAUGAAGUCACUGACAAGUCCAUUUUACCCGAGUACAUGCGGCUAAGAGACAUGACGAAACUGGGAAAGAAAGGACGAACGAGGUACACAGACCUGAAAGGGCAGGACACCGGCCGGUUCGGAGAGGACGUGAAAAGAUGGAAGGGCAGUGGUGGUGGUGUCGGCAGAGGGUCUGGGACUGGGACAGGGGCGUUCGACACGAGAGGCCUCGACGAGCGAUUCUUACCCGACGAUGACCGCGGAGAGGAACCGAUAGGAACAAGGACGGAGACUCCCACCGAGACUCCUAUCGGCCUCGGGACAGAGAUCGGGAUGAGCGAGGUGACAGAGACCGGGACCGAGACCGACGAAAGCGAUCAUACUCGCGAUCCCGAUCGCGCUCGCGGUCUCCUCGACGGCGGAAGCGGGAGCACUCGUAUGAGCGAGACUCCCGGGAUCGCGAGCCCUACCACCAACUAG